AAACUCGAGAAGAAGAAGAACGAGCAGCGCGGACACAAAAUACUAAAUGUUGUUUUAGUAAUUUUAAGAUAUUGAGUUUUAUAUGGUCUUUUUAAAUUUAUAAUCAAGAUCACUUCGGGUCUUAACAUGAUUCCUGUGUUAUCAAAAAGUUCAGUGAGAAUGAGGGACCCCAAGAGGGUGGAGCAGAUAUUAACAUCCAUGAGAAAUGCUGGACCUAGCACACUGCAGGUAAUCUCAGAUUUUGAUAUGACUCUCACCAGGUUCGCCUACAAUGGCAAACGCUGCCCUACAUCCCAUAAUAUUCUGGACGAUAGCAAACUGAUCAGUGAAGACUGCAAAGCCAAGCUGAACAAUCUUCUGGACACUUACUACCCUAUAGAGAUCGAUUCCACACGCUCAGUGGAGGAAAAGUUACCACUCAUGGUUGAAUGGUGGACUAAAGCCCAUGAGCUUCUUGUGCAGCAGAAGAUCAUUAAGGAUCACUUGGCUCUAGCUGUGAGAGAGUCUGAAGCCAUGCUGAGGGAUGGAUACCAGCAGUUCUUUGAUCAUCUCCAUCAGUUGUCUGUUCCUCUGCUGAUCUUCUCUGCUGGAAUUGGGGAUGUCUUAGAGGAAGUGAUCAGACAAGCUGGUGUGUUCCAUCCUAAUGUCAAAGUCUUCUCCAAUUACAUGGACUUUGAUGAAUCUGGUGUUUUGCAGGCAUUUAAAGGAGAGCUGAUUCACAUCUACAACAAACGGGAAGGAGCUCUGCUCAAUACUGAACACUUCAAGGAACUCCAGAGCCGCUGUAAUGUCCUCCUGCUCGGAGACUCUCUUGGGGAUCUCAACAUGGCUGAUGGAGUCAUGGACUUACAAAACAUCCUGAAGAUCGGAUACCUCAAUGAUAAGGUGGAUGAGAGGAGACAGUCAUACUUAAACUCCUAUGAUAUUGUUUUGGAGAAAGAUGAAACCAUGGAUGUUCCUAAUGACAUCUUACUCUACAUUACAGGACAAUGAACUUAGACCUAAGAUCUCCAAGAUAAGGACAGAGCCAGUGAUUUUAUUUUCUAUGGGUUGGAAUAUUAUUCUGUUGUUUUUCUACCUUGAUGACUUCUACAUGUUCGUAUUGUACCAUUUUCUGGAUUGUCUAUAUUUUUUCCAUCUGCGCACGGUUGAGAAGGACCUCAAAGACACCAAUUUGGUAUCUCCAAUUUAGAUAGUGUCGCUAAUCAGGGAUUAUGGUUCUACACAUCUUUCUCCCACUGAUAUAUCAACCAAAAAUAACUAAAAUAUAAUAAAAUACCUAACUACAUAAUACUACUAUUGUUAGAAAUUGCAACAAAAUUAAAAUAGAAAUAUAAACUUUUGAACUGCGGGUUUCGUCUGGUCAGAGGAGAACUGGCCCCCGACUGAGCCUGGUUUCUCCCAAGGUUUUUUUCUCCAUUCUGUCUCAGAGGGAGUUUUGGUUCCUUGCCGCUGUCGCCUCUGGCUCGCUCAGUUGGGGACACUUAAUUUCUAGCGAUUAUCGCCGAUUUGAUUGCACAGAUACUAUUUAAACUAAACUGAGCUAGACAAUGACAUCUCUGAAUUCAAUAAUGAAAUGCCUUUAACUAAAAUUGAAAAUUGAGUGUUUAAUCUUAUCAUUAUACAUUACUGACCAUCUAUCCUCCAAUUUGAUACUGUUAAGUGCUUUGACACAAUCUGUAUUGUAAAAGCGCUAUAUAAAUAAAGGUGACUUGACUUGACUUGACUGAAGGUCAAAAAAUAAAGUAUUUUAAAAAAGUAUUUUAGUGGAGGUGUCAUGAUGUUAAUUGUGUAUUUACUAAGUCAGUACAUUUAUGUGAAGGUGACAAAAGGGUAACUUGUUUGCCUCUAUCCUAAAAAACAUUUAAUGGCAUGUCUUGUUUUAAAAAUGGAAAAAUAAAAGAAUAGAACCAGAAAGUUAAGUACUAAUUAUAAAUUAUAUUUGUCAAAAUGUAUAAAGUAAAAAUGCUUUCUUAGACCAGAUGUUAAUCACAGCCAACUGAUUAGUACAGAGUUUGCGAAGUCCAGUAAAUGCAUUUUAGUCCAGGGGCACGUUCAGGCUCACACGUUUUGCUACAGUUUCCGGGUUGAACGACAUGUUUCCUGGAAAUGGUGUGCAACAGGGUUUGAGAUACGUUUUCUCUUGUUUGGUGGGUGUGUCAAAAAUGUCAGCCCAGGCAGCAGCAAACCACACGGUAUUAAAGAGACAGCUCGCACAAUGGGUCCAAGUGAAGUCAUUUAAUAUGUGUCCGCUGCAGCUCGGUAUACUCAACAAUUGAAGUUAUUAGAAGACAUGUUUGUCUUAAGAGUUUUAUAGUAACAUAUGUUACAUGACGAUGAUGAAUUUGUAAGUAAAUGUAAUUAACAUCAAAAUAAAUUCACAAGAUCAAGUAUAUUGUUUGCACAUGUUUAUUUACAUUAAAGGCAAAAU